CGCCGAUCGGACGCUCUUUCCUUUCUCCUCCCCCUUUAGACCCCGUCGAGGACUCCAUCUCUCGCUCCUUUCCCCUCUCUCUCUCUCUUUCUUAAAUUGACACCGUCUCUGGGCUCGAACCAUGAUAAGAGAACAGGCUUAUUGCGCUCCGCGUUGCAGGGUUAUCCUCCACUCCGAUCACCUUCAGCUGAAAUAAGACGCGUAAAGAGGAGAGAGAGAGAGGGAGAGAGGGGGGAGAAAAUAAUCGCACCGUAUCCUGUCAGCGGGGGCUCAGGCGGAGGAGCAAGAGACUAUAUUUCUGCCACACACACCCUUAGAUUUAGUGCUCUUACGCAUCGCAGACCCCACAAAGUGCUCGCCUUGUGUUGAACUAGAGGAAAAGUUAACAUGUAUCUGCAUGCUUUGAUACGCGCAAGCCUUGGAUUUGUAGGUUUCCUUUUGGUCGCCUUUGUCCAACACUCAGCUUCAGGAAGUAAAACCACUCAAGAUGUGGACGAAUGUGCCGAGGCUCUUGACAACUGCAGUAUUGAUGCCAUCUGUCAAAACACCCCAAAAUCUUAUAAAUGCAUCUGCAAGUCAGGCUACAAAGGAGAUGGUAAACACUGUGAAGACGUUGAUGAGUGUGCGACUGAGUACAAUGGAGGGUGUGUCCAUGAGUGCAUCAACAUCCCUGGAAAUUACAGGUGCACCUGCUACGAUGGUUUUCGUUUGGCCCAUGAUGGACACAACUGUCUCGAUGUGGACGAAUGUUCAGAAGGCAACGGUGGAUGCCAACAGAUUUGUGUCAACAUGAUGGGCAGCUAUGAGUGUCGCUGCAGAGAAGGAUUCCUACUGAGUGACAACCAGCAUACCUGCAUUCAGAGACCAAAAGUGCAGCCAGAAGGCACAAAGGAGGGGCCCACCUGCAUGGACAAGAACCACGGCUGCGCGCACAUUUGCAGGGAAGCACAGAAGGGUGGCAUCUCCUGUGAAUGCCGACCUGGAUUCCAGCUCACCCGUAACAUGAAGGACUGCAAAUUGACGUGCAACUACGGCAAUGGAGGCUGCCAGCACAUCUGCGAGGAGACGGACCAUGGCCCCAAAUGUUCCUGCCACAUGAAGUUUGUCCUCCACAGCGAUGGAAAGACUUGUGUAGGAGAGAGGAGUGUCCAGUCCAAGGCAGCCCCACAGCUGUUCCCUAAUGAGACCUGUGCAGUAAAUAACGGCGGCUGUGACAGCACAUGUCACGAUUCAGUGACGGGGGUCCGCUGCAGCUGCCCUGUUGGCUUCACUCUGCAGCCAGACCGCAAGACCUGCAAAGACAUUGAUGAGUGCCGUCUGAACAAUGGAGGUUGUGAUCAUGUAUGCCGAAACACUGUGGGCAGCUUCGAGUGCAGCUGCAAGAAAGGCUACAAGCUGCUUACCAACGAAAGAACUUGUCAAGAUAUAGAUGAAUGUUCUUUUGACCGGGCCUGUGACCACUUUUGUGUCAACUCCGCUGGCAGCUUUCAGUGUAUUUGCAAUAAAGGCUACGUUCUCUAUGGCCUAGCACACUGUGGAGAUAUUGAUGAGUGCAGUAUAAAUCGUGGAGGCUGUAAAUAUGGCUGCAUUAACACCCUGGGGAGCUAUGAAUGUACCUGUCCUCCUGGAUACAAGCUUCACUGGAACAAGAAGGAUUGCAUUGAACUGGUGAAAUGUCCUCCUGGACUUGUGGCCCCGAAGGCCACCUUAACCUGCAGCAGGACGGGCAAAAAGGAGAGUUGUUCUCUUACCUGUGCUUCCAAGGCCUACUAUCUGGCAGGGGCAAAUAACAGCUAUUCAGUCAGCUGCGGCAUCCCAAUUCUCACAGGAAAAUCUCCAGCCAGGAUCAAUUCCAGCAUCAUUCAAGGCUGCGUAGAGACUUUGGCGCCUCCAGUGAAACAGAAGACUUCUUUCAAGAUAAAAAAUGCCAAAUGUCACCUGCACCCAAAGCUGACCGGCAGGACUGAAGACAGGGGACGAAUGCUGGGACCAGGAGGGGGGCAGCCUUGCAGCAACUGCCAGGUAACAUUUGUUAACCUUACAUGCGACUCCUCCAAGAAAGCUAAAGGGCGGCAUGCUCGCAAUCCCUCCAACAAAGGAAUUACCCGCAUCACUUUGGAGCUGGAAGCUGAGGUUAAACCUGGAGACACCACAGGGAGCUGCAAUCUGAGCUGCUUGCGACAGCGUAUGGAGAUGCAAGUGAAAACUUAUAUCAAGGCUCUCAAGAAGUCCAUCAACCAAGAGCGCUUUCUGAUCCGGGUUGCUGGUUUGGAAUAUGAAGUGGCCCAAAAACUUGCUCAGGCUGCACCGAUCCAGGACCACUGUGCUCCAGGCUGGGAGAGGGUCAAUGGCAGAUGUGUUAUAUGCCUACCAGGGUCCUACUACCAUGGGGGACAGGAACGCUGUGUCCAGUGUCCACCCGGGACUUUCCAGGAGAAGGAGGGGCAGCUGGCCUGUGACCUCUGCCCUGGCAGCGAUGGCCAUGGGCCUGUUGGAGCCCGGAACAUCUCCUCCUGUGCAGGCCAGUGCCCAACUGGUUACUUUUCCAGCGACGGCUUCAAACCCUGCCAGCCAUGUCCCCAGGGAACAUACCAGUCAGAUUUAGGAAGGACCCUUUGUUUCCCCUGUGGUGGAGGCCUGAGCACGAAGCGGGAAGGGGCCAGCUCCUUUCAUGACUGUGAAGUCAAAGUCCAGUGUUCUCCAGGUCAUUACUACAACACCACAGUCCACCGCUGUAUUCGCUGCCCAGUGGGGACCUAUCAGACUGAGUUCAGACAGAAUUACUGCAUCACCUGUCCGGGAAACACCACCACUGACUUUGAUGGAGCCACAAGUGUCUCACAGUGCAAAAACAGGCAAUGUGGCGGUGAGAUGGGCGAAUUAAUGGGAUAUAUUGAGUCACCUAAUUAUCCUGGUAACUACCCUGCAAAUGUGGAGUGUAUUUGGAACAUCAACCCACCAAGCAAGCGUAAGAUCCUGAUAGUGGUCCCGGAGAUUUUCCUGCCCUCAGAGGACGAGUGCGGAGACGUUCUGGUUAUGAGGAAAAACUGGUCCGCUACAUCAAUCACCACCUAUGAGACCUGCCAGACAUAUGAGCGUCCCAUCGCCUUCACAGCUCGCUCCAGACGUCUGUGGAUUAACUUCAAGUCUAAUGAGGCCAACAGUGCCAGAGGUUUCCAGAUCCCUUAUGUUACCUAUGACGAGGACUAUGAGCAACUGGUAGAAGACAUUGUGCGAGAUGGAAGACUCUAUGCCUCAGAAAACCAUCAGGAAAUCCUGAAGGACAAAAAAUUGAUAAAGACUCUUUUUGAUGUGCUAGCCAACCCAAACCACUACUUUAGGUACACCCCUCGGGAGUCCAAUGAGAUGCUUCCACGCUCCUUCAUUCGUCUCAUAAGCAGCAAAGUGUCAGCAUUCCUGCGGCCAUACAAGUAAAACCCAGCAACUGCCAAGGAACCUGAUUGCAACACCCACCCGACCAGGCCCACGCCUUCUCCCUGCCUCUCCCUUAACAUUCCCCGCCAAAUUUUAGCCCACAGCUCUUCCAGGACUUCUUAACACAAACCUUAUUAGACACUUCGCUCAGCAGACUUGAGAAAUACCCUACCAUUCAUAGCCCUAUUUGCUCUUUUGGUUUAUUCUAUCUGUCUCAAGGUCUGCAUUCCUGCGCCUCUAGCAUUUAGUGGGAAUGGCGAGUAUGUGAGUUGUUUCUGUGUUGUACAAUGAAACCCUCGCAUCAGAGAAAAAAAAAAGCCUAUUUCAAACAGUAGGAGUGAUGUUUUGUGUGUGUGGUUUGAGCCUGAUAGAGCUUGUUAUUGUGUUUGCUCCCGUUCCUUCCAUUAAGUGUGACUGUUUGUGUUGUGUAAAAGUGUUGUAUAACUCUGGUCCCAUCUUUUGGUGUCUGAGUGCUGUCCUCAAGGAGGAGCAGUAGCUUAAAUCCUGCGAUUUCCAGCUCCUUUGAAGCUCCGGCUGUAUUCAUGAGCUCUUAGAGCCAUUUUCUACUGUUAAAACAGUUCAUCUGGGUUUUGCUCCGUCUGUUUUGGCGGCACCCGUGUUUCUCAGCCUUCAGGGUUAUUCCUUAUGGUUGUUUUAUCGACACCAACUACAAAGCAAACACGCAUGUGUGGUUUCGUCAUUCCAUGGAACCCAGCGGACGUUCGGGGGAGUAAUGAUAGCGAGAGAAGGGAUGUUGUGAUGUCUGGUGGAAACAUGUUUCAGAGAGUGAGAGUAAUGUCUCUGCAAGACAUUAUGUUUGCUGCUUCUUUUUAAAAAGGUCACUUUAAUUCUUCCGCUUCAGUGUCUUUAUAAUUUUUUUAAACAAAGGGAAGCCCAGAAUCUGUAAUAGUUCUGUUUUUACAUCCAAUAAUUGAUAAUCUCUCAUUAUUUUUCUGUGGAUUUUAUCGGUUAUCUUGUGUUUUUAUUUUAGUUUUGUAAAUAGUGCAAAUAAACUAGACGAGGGUUAAUAUCUUAAUUCCUGAUUCAAAUAUCCCCUUCACCUCUUCCCAGAUCCAAUCGUUUCUUUGCCCUUGAGUUCCCGCUAGUCUCAAAUCCAAAGACACCCAACAACCCCCCCACUCAAUCCGUUUCCUGUCCCAAUAAAGACAGCUCUUCCAAAGACCGCUCAGAUAUGGCGGCUCGAGUAGUUUCAUGCACUAGGUCUGGAACUGAUCACCCUUUCUGUUUUUAUUAAAGUGCAAUGAAAGAAAAAAAUUGUUUUGUCAUGUUGAGACCCACAAGGAAUUUGCAAACUGUGCUUUGGGCUGUGGUGGUCUUGCUGAAACUCUUUUGUUUUAAAACGUUCUUCAAUUCACCAAGGGUAGAUGCUACUUAGGCUUCAAAGAAUUAGUAAUAACUAAAACUAAUUAAAUGUGAACAAAAGAAAGGAUUUGUGUGUACAGCAAAACAAAUUUUAAGAGUGAUAAAACAGGGUAAAAUAAUUUAAGUGUAGAGAAAAUCUAAUAUUUCUGGCUCAUAUCAGCCUCAGUCAGAGCGAUUGUUUCUCUAAAUUUGUUCAUUUACGUAUUUACAUGAGAUUUUAAGCUUAAGAAUAAGAAAGGGUUUGGUGGUACUGUGCACUCGGUUACUGCGCAUUUUUAUUGCCAAAUGUUAUACUUAUCCAGAUUUCUGUUUCUUUUAUUUUUGGCCCAGUUUCAACAUUUAUAUACAAGUUAUUACAGAUUUAUGCAAGAUGUUUUCUUUAUCUGUAAGAAGAUGGAAGGACCUGUUGAUGGAUAAGUGGAUUGAAAAAAUCUGAAACAAAUCUCAGUGAAUGAGAUAGAGAAUGAAGUUUAGACCUUUGAAAUAAACUAGAGAAACAUAUUUACAUAAUCCCAAAUUUUUCAGAUUUUGUGGGAUUGUAUAAAAAAAAUAACACUAUUUGAAGCUCACAUAAACCUUGUUCAGGCACUCCCUGAGCUCCUCACAGCUGGAUUUAGUCAGUCAGCAUAAUUUUCUUUAAAGUGUUUACAAUGAAAUAAAGAUUGGUAGGCAAAGAGGUGACCAAGACACCGUAGAUAGAUACAAGAUAAAUAAAACAUACCCUCCUCUAUGUAUGUAUUGUUUCCAUUGCUGUACAUAAACAUCAGCUUAUUAAGACACCCUAAACCACACUGAGGACAAAAGGGGAAUAAGUCCUCACCUUCAAAUCUGAGGGUAUUCUUAUCUUAUCAGUUUUAAUUGCUUCUUAAGACAUUUCAGUUUCACAUUAGACAUUGUUAUCAAUUUAUGAUCAUAUGCACCCUCUCUCUCCACCAGAACAAGCUUCUUUCAUGCAUCCUGUUAUUGUUGUUGUUGGUUUUACUGAGGUGUUGCCUUUAAAGCGAGAGUUUGCUAUGAUGUAUUGGAGUUGGAUAAUGAUAUUUGCACUUGAAAUAUUAUUGCUCAUGUAAAGAAAUGUCUGGUUUUUGUAUUGUUUUUUUAAUGAAUGCAACUGGUGUUUCUUUUUUUUUUUUCUUGUAGCUUGUUUGUUCAUGAGAUGCUCACUCAUCGUUUAGUCUGUAGAGAUGAUACAGUGUCAGCCGUUUGGAUAAAAAGAGGGAGAAAAAAGAACUUUGUACAGAGGGGAAUCAAAUAGGUUUACACUUGUUUCUGCCCAAGACACUUAUAAAAAUAAACAUACUGUACUUCAGCUUACUUUUCAAUGUAUUUAAUGUGUUUAUAAAUGAUUGUACACAGGACAAAAUAUUAAACAGUGCAUUAUUAAAGGUUGAUUUUAACAAUAA